AUGAAGAACAAAAAAAAGAUCUUUAGCCUUUCCAGCUCAGAUAAUACCAAAUCGAAUAAGAAAAAAAUAAAUAAAAGUAAAAAUAAAAAAAAGUCCAAAAAUAAUCCUAAGAAUGCAAAAAGAAUUAAUAUAAAAAAAAAAAACGAAUUAAAGAAUAGUGUUAUCAAAAAAAAGAGUAAAGAAGAUGUAUUGAAAAAGAAAGAUAUUGAUUUAUUACAAAAUAAGAAGAAGAACAUAUUAAUAAAAAAAAAUAAAAAUAUUUCGAAAAAUAAAAAUGGUACCAAAAGAUAUCAAUGGCUUUUUUCUGAUAAAGAUAAGAAAAAAGAAAAAGUAGAAGAAUCAGAUUGCAACAAUUAUAGUUCAAGUUGUUCCGAUGAUAAUAAAAAGAAGGAAAAGAAGAAAUUUGUCUUGUAUAAAAAGAAAAAGAAUAAAAGUAAUAAUAAAAAAAAAAAAGUAAUAUUAAAUUCUUUUCAACAAUUAGGAUUAAGUGAAAAUAUGUGUAGAAGCAUAGCAUCAAACUUGAAAUAUAAUAAACCAACAGAUAUACAAAAAUUAUGUGUUACUAAAAUAUUACAUAGAAGAGAUGUUAUAUGUAUUAGCAAAACAGGGUCAGGGAAAUCAUUAGUUUAUUUAUGUACACUUAUUGACAUAUUAAAAGAACAUAAUAAAUAUUAUGGUAUUAGAGGUUUAAUUAUAUUACCUACAAAAGAACUAGUUAUACAAAUAUAUAAAUUAUGUAAAAAAAUUUGUAAAAAUUAUUUCUAUUUAAAUAUUAAUAUAAUUAUUGGUGGUGUUAGUAUAAUCAAACAAUUUGAUAUACUUAAUCAAAAUUUAGAUAUUUUAUUAUGUACACCAGGGAGAUUAUCUUUUUUAUUACAAGAAACAAAAUUGAGUCUAGAAAAAGUAGAAAUAUUAAUUAUUGAUGAAGCGGAUAGAUUAUUAGAACUAAAUUAUUAUAAUGAUAUGAAUGUUAUAUAUAAAAGUCUAAAUAAUAGUUCGAAACAAACCAUUCUAGUUAGUGCUACCUUACCUACAAAUGUUGAAAAUUAUUUUAAAUUAAAAUUAAAUAAUCCUGAUAUACUCUUCCUAACUACUGAUAAUACAAUAAAUGAAAAAGUUCAUUUACAUUUUCUAUUUUGUAGAUCAUAUGAAAAAUAUGCACUUCUGCUUAGAUUAAUACUUAUAUUUAAAAAAAAAAAACUAGGCAAAACCAUGAUUUUUUUUUGUACAAAAUAUCAUAUUUUAUUUUUUAGUAAUAUCUUAAAACAUUUUAAAAUACACCAUUCUAUAUUAUACGGAAAUUCAGAUACUUCCUUCCGUUUUGAACAAAUCAAUAAUUUUACAAAUAAUGAUAAUAUUCAAUUCUUGCUAGUUACCGAUGUAGCAUCUCGAGGAAUAAAUAUAACAUCUGUGCAAAAUGUAAUUAAUUAUAAUUUACCCUUCUCGCCCAAGUUAUUUAUUCAUAGGAUUGGUCGAGCUUGUCGAACGGAUAUAAAUGGUUAUGGUAUCUCUCUUUUAACAUAUCAAGAUAUACUAUAUGCCUACGAAAUUUGUUUCUUCAUAGGAAAGAAAUUGAAGUUUUUUAAAAAGGAAAAAUCGGUGCUCGACACCGAUAUGGAAGACAUACCUAGAAAGGGGUUCAUCCCAAAAGGGAUGGUUAGUGAAGUAAACACUGUAGUAAAUGUAAUGAGUAAUGUGACGAAUAUGAAUAAUGACAAUGAUAAUCAUUGUGGUGAUAAAAACAAAAUAGACAAAUCAUAUACCUCUUCACAUAAAAAUACUACAAACGAUGUUGUAUAUAUGGGAUGUGUACCACAUCUUAAUGAUUAUAUUGAAUAUAUAGAAGAUUUAAAAAAAAGAGACACUGAGCUAAUGUCAUUAAAUAAAAGUAUACUAGCAUCAUACAAACUAUAUUAUUCAAUGAGACCUAAGGUAUCUAAAUAUGUAAGUACGAAGUGUAUAAAUAAGAUAAAUAAAAUUGGAGGUUUAUAUAAGUUAUCGUUAUAUAAUCACCCUCACUGGAUAUAUGAAAAUGAGAGAUGUCUACCUGAAGAUAUGCGUUCAACAAAUGAGAAUACAACGCGUGAAUUUUUAGAGACCGAAAAGGAAAUUGACUACACAAAUAAUUGUAUAAAUAAUAACAAUAAUAAUAAUAAUAAUAAAAAUAAUGAUGGUGAUGUUUAUAUGUGCAAUGACCAACUUAACGACGAAGUGGAUAUCCUUUUUAAUAACAUAAUAAAUUACAUAUCCCAUAAUAAUAAUGAUAAUAACAUAUGUAAUGGAAAAAUUACAAACGAUUUGGUACAAAAGGAAAUAAAAAAUCAUAAUCAAGAAAACGAUACAACAGAAAAAAAAAAUAAUGAACAUUACGAAGAAACUAAUAUAGAAAAUAUGAAUGCUAAUUAUGAUUAUUCAAAAAACAAAUUAAUAUCUAUUAUUCAUAAUUUUGAAAAUAAAAAUUCAAACAAUAAAAUAAAAACCAUAUCUGAUGAAUUAAAACAAAAAUUAAAUCAGCUCAAAGAAAAAAAUGAAAGAUACCAAAGUAGACGUAAUUAUGUAUUAUCAAAUGAUGUAAACGAAUUUAUGGAUACAUUAACGUAUCAGAUAAGUGACGAAGAAGAUGAAAAUGAAGAUAUUAAAAAUAUCCCAGAAAUGUGGAAAAAAAUAUUUUUACAUUCACAAGGAAAUUACAAUUCAACAUCUAUGAAUAUAAAUGAUCCCAGUGAACAUUUUAUGGAGAACAAGAAAAAAUUAAGUAAGAGAGCAUUAAAAAAAUUAAAAAAAAAUGAAAAUAAUGAUAGCAACGAAUUUAAUAAUAAUAAUAUUAAUAAUGUGAAUAAUAUAAAAAAUAUAUCCUUUGAUGAUGUUUUAAGAAUUAUCAACGAAAAAAAAAUGAAAAAUGAUAUGCGUUAUAAUAACACAUCCACGUUAGAUAUUAAAAAUCCUGGUUUCGAUUUACCUCCAGAUGAAACCGAAGAAUUAAAUAAACAAAGAUUUGUAAAAAAACAAAUUUGGGAUAAUAAAAAAAGAAAAUUUGUUCUAACAGAAAUUGAUACCUUCCAAAGUGACGAAUUCGGUAUUAAGAAAAAAGUAAAUAAAAACAAAGAUGAUAAAACUAAUAGUAUUACAAACUUAUAUGAAAAAUGGGUUAAGUCAACUAAAAAGAGAAUUAAAAAUGUAGGAGAAUUAGAAGAUGAAAAUGAUAUUAUAGAAAAAAAGAAAUUAAACAAAAAUAAAAAUAAGAAAGGAAGCAAAAACAAAUAUAAUAAUGACAAUAGUGAUAAUCAUGAUAUUAACUUAGAAAACGAUGAAAAACAAUAUAAUAUUAAUAUGCUUAAAUUAAUGCACCCAGAAAUUUCAGAAGCUUUAUCAAAAAAUAAUAAACUAACCAAAAAACAACAAAGAAUUUAUAAAAAAUAUAUCUCUGGAAAAUAUAUAAACGCAACAACACAAAAAGAUACAAACACAUUACAUAACACUGCUAAACAAAGAAAAAAACAAUUACAAAAUAGAUUAAGAACAGACAAAAAAUUUAGAACCAAAUACUUAAAAAUUAAAAAGAAAAAAUUCGAAAAUAAAAUGAAACGCAAACAUAAUUUAAGCAGUGCUAGGGAAAGAUCACUCAUUAUUCUAAAGAAUAAAAAAUAA